CUCUCUAGUGAGGUUGAGAUGGAAUUGAGGGUCCCCAAGAGAAGCCUGUGUGAAGAAUGGAGCCAUUGCUGCCAAGAGCUUCUGUGUUUGUCAGAAGGACGUUGUCACUUUAAUGAAGCUAUUUUUCCCUGCCCCUGGUGUCUUUUACCUGGAAGUGGCCCCUUGUUAUAACAUGUAGGUAAUAAUAGUCUCCCACGAGACAAUGGGAGUCACCCUUUCCCCAAAACAUUCAAAGCUGUAUAAUUUGGAGAAGAAAGCAAGAACUAGACCCUUCAUGCGUAUGUGCAAGACAGUCAAACUGCAGAAAGCAGGCCUGACAUCACUCUUGGUGACAGUUCUUUAAACUGCAAAGUGAGGGUGAAGGUUUGGCUCUCCUAAAGGACCUGGCACUGAGUGAGGCACCGAGGCUGCUCUUCUGUCACCACUGAUCUGUGGCCCUGAGUCCUUUUACUUUAGUAUCAGACCCUCUUCUCCCUUGAACUCACUCUUGACCCCACCUUGAGGCCUACUUAGGACCAAGGGAAGGCACUGAGCCCCCAUGGACAUGGCCCACCACCCCCCAAACCUGAGUUAUGGAGGGGCCCAGCUCGCUUCACAGAGCAAGAAGGCUCCCUGUCUCCCUGGAGGCCCUGGGGAAGGACAUGAACUGGAGAGAAGGGCAUGAGUGUGGUGUGUUGCCUCUUGGAAAGUUCCUGCCUUGUGUCUGGGCUUUGCCGUGUAAAGAGUUGUCGGCUGCCUCUGGCCCCAAAGCCCUGGCUCCUGUUUAAUAUUCUGCCUGCUCCGUUGAUGUUGUGCUUGGCUCCUGUGGGACUGCAACUCACGGCUUGAAACUGGAGCCAAUUUUCUGUCUUCAUCUCUCAGUGUUUUGACUGGAGGCAGAUCCAGUUCAGGCCGAUCAGGGCUGGUGGAAACAACUACCAAGUGUGUCUCUGUCUGCUUCGCUUUGGGAGAAGAAAGCGGAGGGAACCCCAGCGCGUUGUAGAGGAACUGGCCCUGCGGAAACGCGAGGAGGAGGGGGCAGCGGGACAGAGGAGCCUGAGAGCAUCAAUCUGAGGCUGUCAGCGAUGACUCUGGUUCUGUCCAUGAAUAGAUUCUGCGAGCCCAUUGUCUCGGAAGGAGCUGCUGAAAUUGCAGGGUACCAGACACUAUGGGAGGCUGACAGCUACGGAGGCCCGAGCCCCCCAGGGCCAGCACAGGCUCCUCUGCAGGGAGACCGGGGAGCCGGCCCCCCGCUGGCAGGAUCACAUUACAGGGGAAUUUCACAUCCUAUAACAACAUCCAAGAUCACAUACUUUAAGAGGAAGUAUGUGGAAGAAGAGGAUUUUCACCCACCACUCAGCAGCUGUAGCCAUAAAACCAUCUCCAUUUUUGAGGAGCGAGCCCACAUCCUUUACAUGUCCUUAGAGAAGCUAAAGUUUAUCGACGAUCCUGAAGUGUACCUCCGAAGAUCAGUCCUGAUAAACAAUUUGAUGAAAAGGAUCCAUGGAGAAAUUAUCAUGCAGAAUAACUGGUGCUUCCCUGCCUGCUCGUUCAAUGGCGCCCCCGCCCAGGAGUGGUUCGUGGCUCAGGACUGCCCUUACCGGAAACGACCGCGGAUGGCCAAAGAGGAGUGUGAAAAGAUUCAUGCCUGCUGCUUUUACCAAGAUUGUGGUGGUCACUACUUAAAUUUACCCCUUUCUGUCAAUGCUAAUGUUGGAAGUGCCUCCACCACUGCCUCCUCCUCUUCUUCCUCCUCCUCCUCCUCCUCCUCCUCCUCCUCCUCCUCCUCCUCCUCCUCCUUCUCCUCCUCCUCUUCCUCCUCCUCUUCCUCUUCCCCUCUGCCUUUACCAAGUUGUUCCCACCAGGUGGAUUUUGAUGUAGGCGGUGCACCAAUUUACAAGGGCGAUGGCCAUAUACCUGCCAGCGAAAUCUUUGUUACUAAUGUCAGGUCGCUUGGUGUUCAGGAAAAGGCCAAAUUACAUGAGGAGAAAUCAAACGAUGACACUGACAGGGCUGGUGGCCCCCUAAGCCAUGAACCUGUGGGAAAUGACCUCGCUUUUGAGUGCAAAGGCCAAUUUUAUGAUUAUUUUGAGACUGGCUCUAAUGAAAAACACAGUGUCAGUGAGUCCUGGAAAAAGUCCUUGAGGAGAAAGGAGCCUUCACCGGGCAACAAACUGUGCUGCAGCAAAAGGAAGUGAAACAUGAGCCAUCUUCCCACCGCAACUCCGACGCAUGCUCAGCAUGAUCAAUUAGCGCGCCUACAUUUUAUUCUGAAUGGAUUUUUCUAGUUUUGUACAACUGAUACGAUUAUGCCAUGAACAUGCCGUGUCGUUUUAAUGCCUGGAGAGCAGAUUGCGUAAAACAUCUGUAUAGUAGGCAUCAGUGAGCUACUUAGAAGUGUGGUAAUUUUUCCAAGAAAACAGUUGACUUCAUGCUUAAAAGUCUACCUUAGUUUUCUUACAGAAAAGACCAGUAGAUUAGACCGGGGGGGACAGUGCGCCCUUGUGACAUGUCCAUUAUCCCCAAGGAGCCUGUCACUAGCUAAGAAACUUCAACGUUUGCCAAUGAAUUAGGUAGGUAUUUGGUAAACAAAUCAAUAUAACCAGCAAAAGAGGUCUGCUUCAUCUAUAGCAGUGGUUCUCAACCUUGGCUGCACAUUAGAAUCACCCGGGAAUCUUUUUAAAAUCCUGAUCUCUGGGCCUCAUCCUCCGGAAAUUCUGUUUCUUUGUUAUGGGGUGAGGCCACAUUAGUAACAAAGAAACAGAAUUUCCAGAGGGUGAGGCCCAGAAAUCAGGAUUUUAAAAAGAUUCCCAGGUGAUUCUAAUGUGCAGCCAAGGUUGAGAACCACUGGUCUAUAGGCUACAGUAUUUUUUUCUGAAUGAAAGACUGAAGACAGGGAGCUAGGUGAAAUGGCUUCAUGGUACUGUUAAGUAUUUGUAUUUAACAGUCUUGUGUGACAGAUGAAAAUAGGACGUAACGUAAAGGAGACACACCUGUCUAGGGGCGGCAAUCAGCACUAUGUGUGGAGGGGGCUCCCUGCAAGUUCCCGCUUGCCUGCGAUGGGUGAUGAGGCUUUUAGGGAAGUGGUAUACAGGGCGAUUUUCGGUGCCUUACUUUAUCUUAAUUUUUGCCAAUGUGAAAAUUAAGGAUGAAUCAGAGUUACAGCAGGGAUUUAACAAACAGGAAAAAGACACACAGGGUGGAUUGAUAUUGUUUGGAAACCGUUACCUUCGAGCUAUUGCGUUCAACUUUUGAUUCGACAUCUCUAUUGUUCCUUUAUUUUUGAUGCCCAGUUGUUUCUGAAUUUGGCAUUUUUUUGAAAGGAUGGAGGAAACAAUAGAGAGAGCUGUUGGGAACCAGCGCUAGCUGCUUGGGCUUUUCUAUGGCAACCGUCUGUUGCUGGGGUUGGGUUUUUUGGGUUUGGGAUCGUUUGGUUUGGUUUGGUUUUCUUGUCCAAUGAAGUUCAUGAACCAGUGGCAUGCAUUAUAUUUUAAACUGUUUUGCAUCAUUUCACUCGUUUAGAUUAUAAAAGCAUGUGGUUUUUUAUAUAUAACUUUCGCUGUUGAUUAAGAAGCACAAUGUUAAUAAAUGAUGUGGUGAUCAAUAAGGUUUUAUCUUAAAGAAUGUAAAGAUUUUAGGUUUGGGAAAGUUAUUUUGGAGAAAUGGGACUCAGCCGGCAAUAGCUACAGUCUACGUAUUUGGUCAACGUUUUUCUCAAUCAUUUCUUUAAUCUGUACAUUUGUAAGAGGGUUCAGAGUGCCCCUCUGACCCUCCUUCCCUCUGCUCCAGCCAGUUCCUCCUGCUUAACUGUGUUCCAAUUUCAAGGUCACUAUUUGAUUGGGCCUCCUUAAACAGGACUGCACGAACCAAAUGCCAAACGGAGGAAAUAAGUAAGUCCUCCCAGUUUCUCCAAGAUAAAGCUUUUUUUAUUAUUGCUAUUAAUAUUAAAUAUAGGUCUCAUUCAUACAGUGUAUGAGUAGGAUCAUUAUUUGGACAAUGUCCACAAGGACCAAUUUUUCAAACAUGUUCUUGUGUUAUGGCUAAAUAGUCUAGUAAAGUUUGUCCUUUAUUUUCAAUAUUUGAUAAACAUUUGAUGUUGAAAACUUAGAUGAUAGACGCUUGUAUAUGAAUGUGUUGUUGUAAUAAAGUGAGGUUUUCUUGAUAUAUAUUUAUUAAAAUGAUCAAAAUUCA